GCGAUAUCUGCUUCCGCAACACGUCACUUUGUAUCGCCGCCACACACAUCAUGAGCGGUGGAGGACAGAACGGAUCCAACCCCAGCGUGAAGGCCAUCUUCGUGCUGGACGUGGAAGGCACGCGGCUGUGUGCCAAGUACUACGACCGCGUGGCAUAUCCUUCGCUGAAGGAACAGACUGCCCUGGAGAAGAAGAUCUGGAGCAAGACCAAGUCGAUGAACGCACGGCAAGAAGCUGAGAUCAUUCUGCUGGACAACGUCGUGUCGGUGUUCCGCUCCCACAGCGAAAACACCAUGUACGUCGUCGGCGCGGCGCACGAGAACGAGUUGAUUCUCCUGAACGUGCUGGACGGGGCGUUUGAGGCCGUGAGCAACAUGCUCAAAGGCCACCUCGACCGCCAUUCCAUCCUCGACAACCUCGAGCUCGUGCUCCUCACGUUCGACGAAGUGCUGGACGGCGGCGUCAUCUUCGAGACUGACACCCAGUCCAUCACGAACCGUGUGCUCAUGCGGGGCAUCGACAACGACGUGCCGCUGACAGAACUCACGUUCGGCCAAGCGUUCCUCAGUGUGCGAGAACAAUGGUCCAAAUCCUUCCGCAGCGGCUAGCCGCCUGCUUCUACUAUUAGUAAUACUAUUGCUUACUACCCCGA